ACAAAAUUAGGCGGAGGAACUGAAGAACUACCACCGCGACUCAGCCGCGCCACCACCUUCCCUACACCGAUUCACGACGGAUCUUAUCACCAGAAACCACUAUGGGCAGUCGUACGUACAGCUCCGCUCGUCGUUUCACUGCGUGUCUAAUUUGUUUUUCCCUUCUCAUGGCCAUCAAAGCUGAUGAAGUCGAGAACGAACAUGAAUUUACGUAUCUGAGUAAUUCUUCCAAGGGGCCACAACACUGGGGAAGUCUGAAAGAAGAAUGGAAAUUAUGUUCAAUUGGAAAGCUCCAAUCCCCAAUCGAUGUUAUGAAUGAAAGAGUUUUGGUGUCGUCUGAAAUUGGGAGAUUGGUAAGAAACUAUAGAGCAGCUCCUGCUGUAAUAAAGAAUAGGGGACAUGACAUCAUGAUUGAAUGGAAGGAAUAUGCUGGCGGCGCCUACCUCACUAGAAACAUGUACAAUCUACUGCAAUGUCACUGGCAUACACCCUCGGAACAUACCAUUGGAGGGCGAAGGUACGAUUUGGAAUUGCAUAUGGUCCAUAGGAGCUCCGAAGGGCAGACUGCUGUAAUUGCUGUUUUGUAUAAUAUAGGACGCUCUGAUCCUUUUCUUGACAAGGUUUUAGCAAAUCUUAAUGAUCCAACAAAAAGUAAAGAAGAAAUCGAUUUGGGUGUGGUUGAUCCAUGGGAGAUCAAGUUCGGAAGCCGAAAAUACUUUAGAUAUUUGGGUUCUCUCACGGUUCCUCCAUGCACAGAAGGUGUUGUUUGGACAUUACUCAAGAAGGUGAGAACAGCAUCAAGGAAGCAAAUUGCAGCACUUAGGGAAGCUGUUCAUGAUGGUUUCGAAGAUAAUGCAAGGCCACUUCAACCUCUCCAUGAUAGAUCCGUAUUCAUGUAUCGCCCUGGCUUUCAAUGAGAAAUCUAGCUCAGAACGUAGUAUUACAUUCUAUUUUAUCGAAGCUGUCCUUUUUUUUUGUUUUUUUUUUAAUCUUAUGGAUUAUGGCGUAUAAUAUAGACAAUUAAGUAUGCGUGAAUCCCUUUUUCCUUCCGUUCUAAUUUUGAUGAGGAGAAACCUACUAUUGUCGCAUGGGGAUCAGUUUAAAUUUUAUUUACUUGUUUUAUAGAGAUAUUAGAUAUAUGAAUCACAUAAUUUUAUUUA